AUCUCUGACGCUAUUUCUAAUGGUUUGUUCCCUUUAUAUAAAUAAGAUCCUACGGUGUUAAAAAAUUAUCGAUGUGCCAAUUAAGAGGAGCCUACUGUAUGUAUAGUUUUCAACACUCAAGCAUAGCUAUUUAAACCAUACCAAAAAUUGAUGUGACGAUGUGCAUUUUACAUGUACAAACAAAAUUCUUGUAGUGAUAGCAAAAUGAGAAGUGGAGCAAAGGAAAAGGCAGAAGUUACAAGUGCAAUGCAAAGAAGGAAGGUGUGGCGGAUUUGUAGUGAGGUUCAGUCGAAUGAGUCUCUUCCUUCGGACCACAACCUCCCUCAUUUCACGAAUCUAUAACAUACCCACCUUUAUAUACUUCUCUCCCAUUCUCCAUUCUCCAUAUUCAACCUCCUCCUCCUCCUUCUUCUUCUCCAUUUUUUUCUCUCUCUUUUGUGGUCUGGUCACAUUUAUGUAAGAAAUGGACAAUAAGAUUGGAUCACAACUGGAUUCAUGCAAACCCGCCAAUAACGACGUGGGUUCCGCUCCUCAAAACGGCACCGUUUCCACCAUUCAGGACUCUCCCUCUCCGGCCCACCCCACCGGCUCCCGCGCCACCCUCGGCAGCCACAUCGCUCACCGUCUUGUUCAGAUUGGCGUCAACGACGUCUUCUCCGUUCCCGGAGACUUCAACCUCACUCUUCUCGAUUGCAUCAUUGCCGAGCCGGGUCUCAACAACAUUGGCUGCUGUAACGAACUCAACGCCGGCUACGCCGCUGACGGCUACGCCAGGGCCCGCGGCGUCGGUGCAUGUGUUGUCACCUUCACUGUCGGCGGGCUCAGCAUUCUCAACGCCAUCGCGGGCGCUUACAGUGAGAACCUUCCGGUCAUUUGUAUCGUCGGAGGUCCCAACACCAACGACUACGGUACUAAUAGAAUUCUCCACCACACUAUUGGGUUGCCGGACUUCAGCCAAGAAGUCCGAUGCUUCCAGCCUGUUACCUGCUAUCAGGCUAUUAUAAAUCAUUUGGAUGAAGCCCAUGAGCUCAUUGAUAAGGCUAUUUCUACAGCUCUGAAAGAAAGCAAACCUGUGUACAUUAGUGUCAGUUGUAACUUGCCCACGAUAUUUCAUCCAACCUUCAGUCGAGAGCCUAUUCCUUUCGCCCUUUCUCCCAAAAUGAGCAAUUGCAAGGGGUUAGACGCAGCAGUGGAGGCUGCGGCAGCCUUCUUGAACAAGGCGGUGAAGCCUGUGAUAGUGGGAGGGCCGAAACUACGGGUGGCAAAGGCGACAAAAGCCUUUGUCGAAUUGGCAGACGCCUGUGGUUACGCCCUUGCUGUGAUGCCAUCGGCCAAGGGGCUGGUUCCUGAGCACCACCCUCAUUUUAUAGGGACGUACUGGGGAGCCGUCGGCACUGCCUUCUGCGGCGAGAUUGUGGAAUCAGCUGACGCAUACGUGUUUGUAGGGCCGAUUUUCAACGACUACAGCUCUGUUGGGUACUCCCUACUGCUCAAGAGGGAGAAGGCCAUCAUCGUGCAACCAGAACGCGUUGUCAUCGCCAACGGGCCAGCUUUCGGGUGUGUUCUGAUGAAGGACUUUCUCCCAGCUCUGGCCAAGAAGCUUAACAACAAUACCACCGCCUAUGAGAACUACCGACGUAUCCACGUUCCGGAUGGUGUUCCUCUAAAAUGCGAACCCACUGAGCCUUUGAGAGUUAACAUUCUCUUCCAGCACAUACAGAAGCUGCUUUCACACGACACUGCCGUGAUCGCAGAGACCGGGGACUCCUGGUUUAACUGCCAGAAACUCAAAUUACCAGAAGGAUGUGGUUGGUGUUGCAGGUACGAGUUUCAAAUGCAGUAUGGUUCCAUUGGGUGGUCUGUUGGCGCGACGCUGGGGUAUGCGCAGUCGGUUCCAGACAAGCGGGUGAUUGCUUGCAUUGGCGAUGGGAGCUUCCAGGUGACUGCACAGGAUGUGUCAACGAUGAUUCGGUGCGAGCAGAAGAGCAUCAUCUUCCUGAUAAACAAUGGGGGAUACACCAUAGAAGUUGAAAUCCAUGAUGGCCCCUACAAUGUGAUUAAGAACUGGAACUACACUGGCCUAGUGGAUGCAAUCCAUAAUGGUGAAGGCAACUGCUGGACAAAGAAGGUCAAUAAUGAACAGGAGCUCAUAGAGGCCAUUGAAAUAGCAACAGGGGAGAAGAAGGAUUGUUUGUGUUUCAUUGAAGUGGUAGUUCACAAGGAUGACACCAGCAAAGAGCUUCUUGAAUGGGGAUCCAGGGUCAGCUCUGCCAACAGCCGUGCGCCAAAUCCUCAGUAGAUCACUUUCCUGCUGCUGAUCUGCUUGAGUUUGUUUUCCUGGCCAGUUCUGGAUUGGUGUUCUUCUUGUUAUUUCUUUUUUCCUUUUAUUUAUUUAUUUAUUUUGCGGGAUUUCUUGAAUAUAUGAGGAAGUUUCUGCUUAAUUCCUGCAUUUUGGACUGUUUGAUUAUUCAGUCCAGUGAACUGAGCUUUCUAUACUCACCUAGGAAUUGAAAACUUUAUACUUGAACUUAAUCGACUUGGGCAAUAAUAUUCAAAAUGAA